AUGCCCGGCAAAACAACGAAACCACGCAUCACCAAGUUCACCAAUUGCCGACUGGUGCGCGGCUCAUCUCUAGUCGAUCAAGACCUGUGGAUUGACUCACUCACUGGCAAAAUCCUCAAAGAUCAAGAAGCCUUCUAUGAACUCCACCUGUCCCCAGAUGAGAUCAUCGAUCUCGGCGGUCGUAUCGUCGCCCCGGGGAUGAUCGAUGUCCAACUGAAUGGCGCUCAUGGCUUCGACUUCUCAGUCCCGGCCGACACAAAGGACGAGUAUGACGAGGGUCUGCGCAUGGUCAACAAAGGUCUCGCCCGGACCGGUGUCACCUCUUACCUGCCAACCGUCGUCAGUUCCACCGCCGAAGUAUACCACAAGGUCCUCCCCUCCCUAGCUCCAACAGCCAAGACCCACAUCGCAACCGACGGCGCUGAAUCCCUCGGUGCCCACGCCGAAGGACCAUUCAUCAGUCCUGGUAGAAACGGGAUCCACAAGUCCGAAGUCCUGCAGUCCGCAGAAACCUUCGAAGACCUCUUGACUGUCUAUGGCGUCAACAAUCUCCAAGAAAACCCAAUCAAGAUGAUCACUGCCGCCCCAGAAGUUGGGAACAUGAUGGCCCACAUCCCUGAACUCACCAAACGCGGCAUCAUCUAUUCCAUCGGCCACUCCGACUCAACCUACGAGCAGGCCGUGGCAGCAACCCACCAGGGCGCGCGAAUGAUCACCCACCUCUUCAACGCCAUGCGUCCUUUCUACCACCGCAACCCUGGUAUUUUCGGUCUGCUCGGCCAGAGCGAGCGCCGGAGGCCGUUCUACGGUAUCAUCGCCGACGGCAUCCACUUGCACCCUACUUCUAUCAAGAUCGCGUACAAUGCCCACCCCGAUGGGUGUGUGCUUGUGACAGAUGCUAUGCGGCUUUGUGGUUUACCCGACGGUGUCUAUGAUUGGACUAACGGAGAGAGGAUUGUCAAGUCUGGUGCGCGGCUGACGCUUGAGGGGUCUGAUAAGAUUGCCGGUUCUUCGGCGACGCUGAUUGAGUGCGUCAAUAAUUUCCGACGCUGGUCAGGUGCUUCGACUGCGCAGGCUAUCAAUGCUGUUACGGCUACACCUGCCAAAUUACUGGGCCUUGAGGGCGUGAAGGGGUCGCUGGAGAGUGGGGCUGAUGCGGAUCUGGUGAUCUUGGGAGAAUAUGAAGAUGCUUUUGCGGGGUCUGUUUUGACAGUGGAUCAGGUCUGGAAGUUCGGGGUUAAAAUCCACGAUACUGAGAAGGCGGUGGUGUGA